CUGAACCACUUGUCCACUGUGCCAAGCUAACGACACAUUGGGAAGCAAAUGGAACAUUAGACCAUUACAUGGCUGUCGUUUGCUCCCUGUGACACUAGAAAUGGUCGUUCCCAUAUCCGUUCUAAUAAAUUGACAGGAGGAAACAGCACAGAAGUCCACUCCAAAGCUUCCCUGAAUUGGAUGUGUUUUCAUUGUACCAGACAGGUGUUUUUGUGUCAAGUUCCAUGAGCAGCUGGAGCAGAGAGAGGGAAAACCUACCCGGAUCCACUAUUGACCUCCAUCUCCGGACACACACAGCCUUUGUCAUCAGCCCUCAAAAGAUGACGGAGGCCAUGUUUGGGACAGGGAACGAUCAGUGGGUCUGUCCCAACGACCGGCAGCUGGCCCUUCGAGCCAAGUUGCAGACAGGCUGGUCUGUUCACACCUUCUGUACAGACCGACAGAGGAAGAGCCAGAUGCUGGAGCAGCAGGAGAUGGAGAACAUCGUUAGUGUCAUCCGCAGGGCUGAGGGACUGGAACAGAUUGAACAGCUCCGCAUCGGGAGGCUGGUGGAGCGUCUGGACAACAUGAGGAAAAGUGCGAUGGGAAACGGCCGGUCCCAGUGCCUGCUGUGUGGGGAGGUCCUGGGCCUCCUUGGAACCCCCUCCGUCUUCUGUCAGGACUGCUGCAAGAAAGUGUGCACCAAGUGUGGCAUAGAGCCCCAGUGCAGUCAGAAGAGAACUCAGUGGCUGUGCAAGAUCUGCAGUGAACACAGAGAGGUGUGGAAGCGCUCUGGAGCCUGGUUCUACAAGUUCAUGCCCAAGUAUGUGUACCCUGGGAAGGAGGGGCCGAGUGGUGCUCCUCUGGGACUGCGAGGAGCCAAUGGAGGAGGGCAGAAGAUAGCCAGGAGUUCCACUGUCAGCCUCACCUACACAUGGGCACACAGCAAAGUGGUGUCUAGUGGCAGCGACAGUGAGUCGGACCACAGUGAGGGAAGCGUGAAGAGCAAGGUGUCCAGCCAGGGUCUCCCUGAAGGCAAGCAGCGUACUGACUCAGUGUUCAGUGGGGGGUGGAAUGGGACCCCCACAGGGCUGGGUUGGGGACCACAGGGCAGCCUGCUGUCAGAGAGCCGCUCCAGCCUAACCAGCAAGCCCCCCCACAGCACCGCUCCCCCUGAGGACUACGACACAGACCACAGCUUCCCCUCCCCCACACCCCCCGCCCUCAGCCGAGCCGGCUCGCUGCACUCCUCCUCCGCCAGCCACAACUCUGGGGAUGACCCGGGCCAAUCCCACACCGGCGACGACCCGGACCGGUUGUUUGGCGGUGCCGCCGCCCCAACACCUGCGGCGACUGGCAAGAAGGAGGAGGAACCGGACGUGGAGGGCUAUGACUCGGACGACUCAACUACAUUGGGGACCCUGGACUUCAGUUUACUGUAUGACCAGGAAAACAACGCUUUGCACUGUACCAUCAACAAAGCCAAGGGGCUAAAACCCAUGGACCACAACGGGCUCUCAGAUCCAUAUGUCAAACUGCACCUGCUGCCUGGGGCCAGUAAGGCCAAUAAGCUUCGCACCAAGACCCUGCGCAACACCCUCAACCCCAUCUGGAGUGAGACCCUGACCUACUAUGGCAUCACCGAUGAGGAUAUGGUCCGCAAAACACUCAGGAUUUCAGUGUGUGAUGAGGACAAGUUCCGCCACAAUGAGUUCAUCGGAGAGACACGCAUUCCCCUCAAGAAACUCAAGCCCAACCAGACCAAGAACUUCUACAACUGCUUAGAGAAACAGCUACCUAUCGACAAGACGGAUGACAAGUCCCUGGAGGAGCGAGGGCGUAUCAUGAUCUCCCUCAAGUACAGUUCCCAGAAGUCUGGCCUGGUGGUGGGCAUUGUCCGCUGUGCCCACCUCGCCGCCAUGGACGCCAACGGCUUCUCAGAUCCCUACGUCAAAACGUACCUGAAGCCUGAUGAAAACAAAAAGUCAAAGCACAAGACUGCUGUGAAGAAGAAGACCCUCAACCCAGAGUUUAACGAGGAGUUCUUCUAUGAAAUCAAAUACGCCGAUCUCAGCAAGAAGACACUGGAGGUGACCGUGUGGGAUUACGACAUUGGCAAGUCCAACGAUUUUAUAGGUGGCGUAUCCCUGGGCAUCAGCGCCAAUGGGGAGAGGCUCAAACACUGGUUCGACUGUCUCAAAAACAAGGACAAGAAAAUUGAGCGCUGGCACACUCUGACCAACGAACUUCCUGGUACAACAUUCAACGACUAAUGGCCCAUCCACACUACCUACACAUUUGCAAGUAAGGCCCCUCCCAUACUUGCUGUGGACAGGAGUUCAGCCUUGAUCGACCAAUUUACCAAAUCACACUCCAGUUUUCCCAUUUCCGGAGACAUUUACCAAAUCACAGCUCUUGUUUUCUGUAUUUCUCUCCCAAGGUUUUGAGCUCACCCAUUAUCUUCUAUCCCCUUCUGAUAAUGUGCUGUCUUUAGGGCUUAUUUGAUGAUUCUGCACCUGCAGCUGUCCACGAAACACCGGUUUGGCAGUGUUGAGAAAGAGUCUGAUGUAUGUCUCAACAAAACCAUAAGUGUGCAACACAUGGGAAACAGGUUUGGUUUGCUGCACAAAACUAGAGAAUAGAUUAUAUUUCAAUUGUUUGCUGUCCAGAGAUGCAUAUUCACUAGGUUUACUGGCAAAUGUACUGGCAGAUAUGGGGAAUGUGCACUUUGUUGAAAUGACAGGAGAAAAGUGUGGAUUAUUUACUUCAGACACUGCUCUAAAAAGCAUGUCAUGUUUACAAGUCUAGGACGCAGCUCCACACACCUAUGCUGUUCCUCUCAAGUUCGUCUUUGCAGGAGAAAGGGGGAAAAAGACACACGUAAUGUGUUUUAUAUAGAUGGUUUACUUUCAGGCCAUUGCAAAUGUCUAAUCCUGUGAUGAAGGGUUUGGGCUAGGAGAGGGAAAUGAGGAAGGGGUGAGGCAUUUUUAAUAAAGUAGCGCUAAGUAUCUUGUUGCUUGUGUUUCAGUUGUUUUUAUAGUAGAGUAAAAUGUACACUACCCCAAUCAGUGUAUCAGAUGAAUGUAGACUAUAACCCUUCUAUCCCACAGUACAGUAACUCCUCUGAGAAUGUGCACCCAAGUGCUGUGUGUUAUUGAACCAGUUCAUACAUAAAAUUCAAGGUCUGAUAAACAUCAGAGAGUUGCAUUGGAUGGCAUGGGAGGAAGAGAAUUGAACUUCUGCAGCCCCAUUGGCAAACUGUCAAUGAUGUUGCUUGACGCGGAACAUUGUCCAUAGAUCUAUAUUUUUAAUGACAUGAGGGCUGUCAUGGAACUACCGAUUCAUAGUUAAUGUAGUGGAAUGUACGAGUUGGCGCUGCUUAGUCCCAGAACCCUAUUUAGUCGAUGAGAAGGCAAUAUGACUCAGAACACACUUCACACUUAUUUGAUAUCAAAGCACGGUUUGAUCGUUGUGCAAAAUUAAGCAUUUUGUAUUCACCUUUUUAUUGUUGCCUGUUGUCUAAGAAAUCACAGGGCUAAAAUGUAAUGUUAUGUGUGCGUGCACAUGUUUGUACUGUAUGUAUGUUGUUGAACGCAACCAACAAAUUGUCCUUUUAAUUGUGAAAUAUUCAACUGGCCAAUUCUUAGCCAACAGGUAAUCAUUGUAUAUGUAUUGCUAGUGUUUUCCAUUGUACAUGUUGUUGGCAUUCAAACUUGAACUGUACUUUUAAAUUAUGUAUAGCAGCAUACAACCAGUAUAUACCUGACAGGACAUGAUUAUAAGUUGUUUAAUUUUGUGUUAUAAUUUAUUUUACCCAUUGUGAUAUUUUUGACAGCUUUUGUCUUCCUUUAAUAAUCUCAAAUUGUGUUCCAUUUCAUUCUUAAACAUGCAGUGAGCUUAAUCUCGAGGGUAUUUUUCAUUGACCUACCCAUGUGGGCUUAACGUUCCUACUUCAUCUUCACAGUUUACUCAAGAGAGGGUCAAAUAUUCCACCUGUCUAUCUGAGCGUUCGUCUCUCUGGCCUGGUGUGGAGAGUGAAACACUCUCAUUGGCUAUGCAGCAGUCAAAUAUCUUCCCCUCUACUAAUGAGAAGUUGUUUUGGACACAAAGGUCCAACACUAUCUCUUCAUCAGUCCUACAGGGGUCAGGCAGGCAUGAAGGUGGUCUCUUUCUCAAAUGCAUAUACAGUCGCAACAGCAGCCCAACCUGUGGAAUUUUGUAAUCUGUUUGCCUUUGUACUCAAAACUGGAUAUUAUGACAAAAAUGCAUGCAGAUGUUAUUGGUUUGUCAUGAAAUGACUUUGCUUAAUGUUUGAUACUGCUGUUUUUUCUGUGAAAAAAAUAACACAACUGUGGAUGCUACAAGAAUGUCAAUAUUUCUUCUGGACAACGUUUUGUACCUUUGAACACUAUCGCAUUGACUGUCUGGGGAUGUGACUGCACGUGAAGAAAAUCUCUGCCUCUGUUUUGUUCCUUUUUUUAACACUCAGGCAAUUGUUUGCAUAGUUCUGGUGGUUCUCUGGUUUUCAAAAAAUUAUUAAGAAAAACAAUUCGAUUUUCUCCUAUUUCAUUAGUCUUGGCACGGAAUGGCCGUAUGAUUGUGCCUUUUCUUUUGUAACAGUGUAUUUUUGCACCACUCAAGAUUAGAUCAUAGCUUUUAAUAUGGAAAUAAUACAUGGCACAUUUAUAUUUCUGUAAAUGCGUUAGUAUCGGAACAGUUUCCCUCUUUGAAUAUUUCCCACCCAAAUGACACGAGGCCAGUGUCAUUCCACUAUGUGAUGGUGUUGACAGUGAGGGCA